UAGAGGGAGUGACAGAGGUGGGGGGAAGAGAGGGCUUUUGAAAAUGAUGGCGACCGUUGCAGAGGAUUUAAGAAACCAAACCAGUCCCUGCCCCAUCCCCGACACCAGUCUCAGCACUCUGUCCAUCAAAAUAACGCGGAAAAAUCAGGAUAGACACUGGAAGUUGCGGUUUAUUUACCUGCAGUGCUAUUUCUUGACUAUUGCAACAAUAUUAGGAACUGGAAUCUUAGGUCUUCCAGUAACGAUAGCCCAUGCUGGACUGGUGCCUUUCCUUGUCUCCUUUCUCGUUGGCUUUUUUGUCCAGGCCUUGCUUAUCUACCUGUUUGUGGAACUUCUUCAGAAAUGUCAGGUGGUCCUGCUGGAAUCUCUAAAGACAGAUGUGGCAGAGUGUAUUGUGAUGGAUCAGGUGGGUGUGGAGGAUCCAGUUCUCACAGAGGAUGAGGAUGAAGAUGAGGGUGAAAAUGCAGAAGCAGAUACAGGUUUACUACAGCCAGAUGCAGUUGCUCUGCACAACCAGGAAGAUGGCCUGCAGCCCAACCUUCAUCUGCUCGGCCACCUCUUCCUCUCCCGGCCCAUGAGCCACGCCUUCAACUGCAUCCUCCUCUUCCAGUUUAUUUCUAUUGGCAUUAGUUAUGUCUUAGCUGGCAGUGAGGCCUUUGCUGCUCUUCUUAAUAUCAGUCACAUCUAUGUGAUCCCGGCAUUCACCUGGAUUCUAACUCUUGCUAUCUUACUAGCCCACACAGUCAUCCAGCCAAUCACUUCCCUGCUCACCUUCCUGAAAGGAAUCCUGCUCAUUGUCACGGUGGCUGUGACAUUUGCAGUGGGGUCAGAGGUCGGCCUUCAGAGCAACAACGACUUCAGUCAGAUGGGAAAACCUUUCCUAAUGGGCACAGUGGCUCUGGGAGGGAUUGUAAACGUGAUGCCUUUGCUUUUCUCACAGAUCUCAUACAACAAAACACAGAUCCUGUGGUUUCGAAGAGCAGUUCUUGGAGGUCUGACAACCUGCACUGUCCUCAACAUCCUUUGGUGCUGGGCAGUGCUGGAAAUUGUUCCCCAGACAUCGUUACCAGAGAGGCGGACUGCAGUUGAGACAACAGCCCAGCCUGACACCAGCAGCUUACCUGGUCCACUUUCCUCGGCCCCACCUCUGCUGUACUCUAACAUCUCACUAGAGGAGUCUGAGAAAGCAGGAGAGAUUGCAACCAUUCCACUGACAAAGAUUAUUAAUGAACGUCACAGUGCAUACUCCUGGGUGGCUGAGCUGAUCCAGGUGUUUAUAGCCAUCAGUGUCACUGUGUCCUUCUUGGUGAUGGGAUCUGCCAUGAAACACACUAUUGAUGGUCUGGUGAGCUCAUUGUGGAGCAGGAAACUGGAGUGGCUGUCUAAAGCCUGGGAGCGAAAUUUGCCGAAUAAACAGCACAUCUGCUCAGCAAGAAGCAUAGCUAAAGGACUCAUGUCACUGCUUGGAUUUGGUGUCAUCUUCAUCGUGUCAGUCUGUGAUCCCAGGGGUUUUGUUGUCAUGUUGGACAAAGUUGUGUCGUUCUCUCUCAACACUGAAGUGGGACUGUUUGUCUUCAUCAUGCUGAGAGAAUCCAGAGAGGAUAGAUUCCAACACCUUGCGGUUCCUCUGCCAGUGGGUGACUGUGUCUUCAGCCUCAGUUGGCUGCUCCCCACCUACUUCCUGUUUGCUGUAACUUACGAUAUCCUGCAGACCCUGGCUGAUGUGGCACACUACCUGCAUUUCUACAGCCACAGUCAGGAACCACACUACCAGAAUCUGACUGGGAGCUUAACAGCAGCAAACCUCUCUGUGCUGCUCUGAUCCUCAAACAGCCACAUAAGAGAUGGACCAGAAUGAAUUUAAAUUGCCAAAAAUCUGAAGCUUUGCAAAGAGCUUUUAUCUCGUAUUCAUACUUAACAAGCUCUUGAUACAAUCUGAGAACUUUAGAGAUAAGCAUUGUUUUUUUGCACUGCACUUUCCCAUGAUGAGUUAUCAAUCUAACAGUGUGGCAAGUGGUGCUACUCCUGUAUGGGGUUCUCCAUCCCUAUUCAUGUUCUACACAUUUGUUUUUUAAAAUUCCCAAAAAACUGGAAACAUUGUUGUUUGCAAAUUUUCCUACAAGACACCUGGAGCCAGAUGUAUAAACGAGGUGUAUACACAAAAAACACAUACAUACAUCAUUUCCCACACACAAGCUGGUAAAUAUGAAACAAAAUGUGUGUGCAGUUCCAGGGACAAACAGACAAGAGCCAGUCACAUUCAUUUUGAUUCCCACAUAAUCUGAAGCACAGACUUGUUUACUACGACGCCUCCGGUGCAGAUACAGGUAAUUAAAUACCUAUCUGUGAGAGCAUCCUUCCAUCCAUCCAUUCAUCCAUCCAUUAUCUGCCACUUAUCUGGAGCUGGGCCGUGGUGGCAGCAGGUUAAUCAAGGGAGUCCAGAUCCCUCUGCCCAGCAACAUUUUUAAAUUCUGCCAGGGGGACCCCAAGGCAGUCCAAGGCCAGAUGAGAUAUAUAUAGUCUCUCCAGCAUGGUCUCCUACCAGAUGGAGAUGCCCAGAAAACUUCCAAGAAGCAACCUGAUCAGGUACUCAACCCACCUCAACUGGCUCCUGUUGACACAAAGGAGCAACAGCUCUACUCUGAGCUCCCUCAGAAUGUCUGACCUCUUUACCUUAAGGGUAACCCCAGCCCCCAUCUGGAGAGAACUGACUGGUAAAUUGUAGGGGUGUGGCGAGAUCUCGUGCCACAAGAUCUCACAAUAUUAAAACAUGACGAUAUUUCUUGUCAAGGGGAAAAGCCGCCGCGUGCUGCAACUAGCGUGACUGACUGAAAUUAGCAUAAAAGAUGCACCUACCACUUUUAAAUCGUUUGUGUGGCAGCAUUUUGGGUACUGGGUAAAAUAAAUAUACUGCAACAGAGUGAAAGACAAGACACAAACAAUAUGUAAGCACUGAAAAUAGUGCCGUCCACCCUGGCAAAGACACCUAUUCUUGAAAAAGAACAUGACCAUAUCCUAGGCUGGGCUGCCUAGCUGUAACUAUCUCUUAGCUCUGCAUCAUGCUUGAAGAAACAUUUGGUCAUUCUCUGUUUACACUAUUAAGUUGUACUUUCACUAUGGUGAGCACUUUACACCUAAAAGAUAAGACGAAGAAAAAUGCAUUCCUUUCAUAUUCAUUUUUUUAUUUGUUUUUAUUUUUUCUGUUCCAUUUGUGGAGAGUUCAGUUAGAAUGUCACACACAGCUUCAGUUACAAGUUAGAAACUCAUACAUAGACAUUUCACAAUGCACCUGCACUGUUUAGCAUUUCGUGACUUUCUGUCAAAUACAUUUUUCAUCAUUGAGAUUUUCUUAAAAAUUGUGUUUAAAUCUCAUCUCGUUAUCCUGAACCCAGUACUGUGUAUUGUCUCAUCUCGUCACACCCCUAGUAAAUUCAAAGCUUUGUCUUCCUUCAGCUCCUCUGCAAAACUGUCUGGUACAUUGUCUGCAUUACUGCUGACGCUGCACCAGUCCGCCCGUCAAUGUCACGCUCCAUUUACUGGCGCUCAUGAACAAAACCCCAAGGUACCUAAACUGCCUCACUUAAGACAACUCGCUCAAGUGUAAGCAAAGACAGCCCAACAAUGUCCAAAACCUUUCAGCAUCUCAGGGCAGAUCUCAUUCAUACCUGGUGCCUUGCCGCUGUAGGAGCUUGUUGAGUAUCUCAGUGACCUCUGCCAGAGAUGUGAGUGAGGCCUCUCCUGAGUUUAGGUUGUAGUACUAAACCUACAGUAUGCUUGAACAUGGUGCUUGUAAUGGCCAAUCCACAUAAGUCCAAUAACAAAGCACGACAUGGGUUCAGAUCAGGCAGGCUGUUCCUCCCAGGCAUCCUGCUCAAGGUUUCUUCCUCAUUGCUCACAACUUGGUGGCAACUCUCUUAUUUUCUUCAACUCGAGCAGCACUUAGCUAGGAUCAAGCACAGUAAUCAGUAUACAGUCAAGUAUCAGCACACCCACCAGGGCGGUGGCCUCAUGUAAUUUUUUCAGGUUUGCGAGCACCCCAGGUCUGGCUCUAGGAAGGGGCCCUGGUGUGGGCUAGGUGGCACAUUCCAGAAAAACACAUCCAUCAGGGUUGUAUGAAUGGCUCUUAGACUGGAUCCUCCCCUGGGACCAAUUUGCCUUGCAGAUGCUACUAGGGGCUGUUGCCCCUAAUAACACAGCUUUCCAGAUCACAGGGACAUAAAGACCCUUCCACCACGUUGAGGUGGCAAUUCUCAGAGGAGAUACACGAGCAUGAAGUUUAAAAAUGACUCAGACUGAUAAAUCACAACCAUGUUUUAUCAGUCUGACAGAAUGCAUGUAUUUCAGACUUUGUGCAUGCAGAGAGUUUAUGCAUCUGGUCCCUGGUGUUGUAUAACUGUAACUAUAAUUCUAUAUUUACACAUACACACACACACACAUACAUAUUAAUGAAAUACUAAAUACUAUGUAAAAUACUGUAAGCUGAGCAACUACCAAUGCACCAAGCAGAGUAUAAAAAUGUUUAAAUAUAAAUUGUACAUUAUAAGGUUUACUUUAGCUCUAUUAUCAUGGAAUUAGUAGAUUUUACAGCUAAUUACUAUUUGAACACAUUGUCAAGUUUAAUAAUGGUUCAGCUGCUAGCCCAAAUCCAGUAUUUGUUAUAUCCAGAAUGUUUUCAGAAAGUCUGGGCAGAAAAAAGGAAAAGAAAGAAAAAAAAAAAAAGAAACCUAUAUCAAAUGCAAUUUUUACAAACUAGAUCCAAAACACAUUUGAAGGCAGUUUGAAACUGAUUCCAAUCAGAUCUCUACGGAUGCGCUCAGUGGAGGUGUGGAGAGUUAGGGUGCAGGCAUAAUUGCAGAUUGUAAUUGUUCUCCACACUGAAUCAGAAUGGAUGUGAAAAAAAGUUUAACUCUGGGUUCCCAUUGGUUUGUUUGCAAGUUCAUGUGUACUUUCACAAAUCCAGUAUGUUGGCUGGUUUAGGUAUGAUUUUUCUCCAUUUCUCCUCCAAACACACAAAUAAGCCUUCAAGUUAGAAGAGGACAUAGCCUAUAAUAGCCUAUAGUUAUUUUUAUAAUGACAUAUUGUUUUUUUGGGAAAAUUGUAUUGUUUCAUCAUGUCCAAAUAUUGCCAGACUCAGUGUCUGUCUCCAGCCCAGAAGUAGGGAAUGUCUCUGGUGAAUCACAGUGCAUGUGUUGGAUGCUGCUUCUCUCUGUUAUGAUGGAUUUAACAGGGAAUUUCAACAUUUAGUCUCAUUAAUUCUAUUUUUUGUUUCAUCUGCUGUAGUUUUAUAUAACCCAUUAUAUAAAAAUGAUAUAGCUGUGGAUUUUUGAUACACAGUCCAAUUACUCUACAGUAUAUACUCAUAUCCUGAGAGACAAUAGUAUACUACUGUAUGGUUUCAAUUAGGCACAAUUCCAAAUGGCUGCAACAUCAUUUCAAGUGUCAAUGUGAAAUGCAAAAAAAUGUCCCCUUUCUCCCACUUUAAAAAUACCUGCUUUGAAAACAUGCAGAGAGUGAAGCAUGGCUUUUUAAUUUCAUUGUAGUCUGCUGUGCACCACAGAAAGCACCAGCAUUAGGACGUUAACAUGACGCUCUUUGAUCAUCAAUGUUUUAUUGGUUUAUUAAAGCCAUUCAAGAAAAUUAGAUAUUGUGUUUUGACAUUAAUAAAACAAGGUUUCAUGACUGA